AACAAGUCUCCCGGCACUCUCCUGAAACAUUCGUUCGAAGAUCUCCAAGUCACUACUGUCACAACCAUGGCCACGGAAACGAAGCAAGGCAAUCCGCUGCUGGAAGCUCUCCCGCCAGCCACGGACUACCUCACCUAUCUAACUCUUGUUGAGCAGGUCCUCACAGAGGACAACUUGCCUACUUUGCACCAAGUCCUGCAGGAUAGAGAGCUUGCAGUCAACAUUGGCUGGGACCUGGUUCACAUCCUGCUUCCACUGCUUCCGUCGUCCGAAGAAUGCCUGCAGGAUGUUGCUGCCAAGGGCAACCCUCGGGAGGUCAUCUUGAAGGUCACGGAAGCUUUACGGUUGCUAGAAUUUGAAGAGAGAGCACGUGAUUCGGAUGAUGAAGAGGAAGAGGAGGCAGUAGCUGCAUCUUCAAGCAAGACAUCAGGUCUUUCGGAUACCGUGCUCCCACCACUACCGGUCUUGAAAUUCGAAGUUUUGCUUGACCUGUUGGCAACUCUGCACGGCCGUGUCAAGGCGAAGUAUCCAAGCCGCUUUCUUGCGACCAGUCUGCAGGCGGUUCUGACCGCGUAUAAUCGCGCGACAUCACACCGAGACGAGCUCACGCUAUCCGCUAUCAAGCUGGUCAAAACACUCUCUGGGACCAAGAGGCCACACCUACCUCCCCGAACACCCAGCGGCAACCUACUACGGACCGUCUCAAAUCGAAUGGAACCUGACCCGGAAGCGCAAACUGAGCUGCCAACUGCGGAUGAGCAAACACUCACCACUCGCCUAUUUCAGUCGUUCCUGACGCACGUUAUGGAGGACUACAUUCUUACGCUCACGUCGGAGGAUGACGUGCCCGGCUUCGCCUGGUCUAGUAGGCUCAUGGAGAAGUAUGAGCCCAGCCGCAUAAGGCCUGAUAAGCCCAAAUAUGCAGAUCGCUUUGCCAACGAAGACCCGUUGAAGUCACGGGCCGCUAUCAUCGGACAGCUCGUCGCGUUGGCGCAAGAUCUGGGCCUCAAAACCCAAGAUUUGGUGACGACCAUUAUGGACCCAGAAACCGAAAAGCAAGGCAUCCCGGGUGCGGAAGACGAACCGCCAAAUUCCGCUGAAGACAUUCCAUUGUCGAACACCGGUGCACUGCUGCUAUACACCGCGAGAACUGUCAAGCAAGAACUGUACACGAAUGUCAGCAGCGAGGAUGCGCCAUACAUUCAUAUUUUCCCAGAUCAUACCGCUAUACUACAGAACUACGUUGGUAUCAUCGGCCAGCAGACAGUCGGCAUGGAGCCCGAAGCUCUCCUCGACGCCGUCCUCGCUCUCGGCCUGAUAGCUGUAGAAAAGAACGCUGUGGGCGAGCCUGCCGACGACGAAGCGUUUGCACAAUACCUCCAAACAACGUCCCUCAUCUCAGCGAACACGCCUUCGCCGAGUUUGCGCUCCCACGCAGCCUACCUCACAUCAACAAUUCUCCGCUCCCAUCCCUCCAGCAUCGUACGACUGUCAUUCAUACGCGACACAUUGGAGCAUUGCCCAUACGAGAAUCUUAAAGAGAGCGCAGUGACAUGGCUCAAGGGCGAAACCAUCGAGGCAAACUCAAACAUGCCCGCAGCAUCCUCAUCCGCCCACCAACCCCACCAGCACGACCACUCCAACGACUCUGAGGAAGCGUCCGUAUUCGCCACACCCGUCGCGCUCCACACCACAGCACCGUUCCUCUUCCCAGACCUCACAUCGGCAUACGUCUCCACCGCGGAUCUUCAAGAGUCGUUCGUACAGUUCCGUCAAGAACUGGGUUUCUAUCUUGCGACGCUCAACUUCUACUACCUCCUCCUCAGUGUGAAGCCUUGGCACGACGCGCUUGGUAUCCGGGCGCUGCAUAGCGAGAGCAAGCUGGAAGAGCACUACCUCUCGCCGUUGAAGGAUGCGAUAAUUCGAUUCAAGGGCGGCCUUGCGGAGGGCGGAGAGCUGGUCGGUGACGGGAGCGAGGAGUGGGUUGGGCAGGCGACGGGGGAGGUGGAGCGGCUGGGUCAUGUCAUCGAGAGGGUGGAGGCGGCUGGAGAGGCGUUGGUGUAGGGUUUCAACGUCAACUGGUGCAGUGCAGGGGAUUGGAUGGGGCGCUCAUGGGAUGCCAAAGGCUUGUUUUCCUGAGAGGACUGUGCGUGCCCACGAUCGUGGUGAGAGAGCGUGCGGACAGGUGGGAGAUUUGUAUGUGUGUGAUGCGUAAUGAGCAGCGAUUUGUAACGAUUGGCAUG